CAACAAACCAAGCAAACCAAGCAGAGGAGGGGCGACUCGGGUGUCUCGGUUUUGCGACGCAAUCGCCCAGUACAGCGCCUGCAGGCGGCCGAAAACUGCGGAAGACACCUCCCGCCUACGGUAACUUUCGACAACACAACACGGCAUUUCGACGGUUUAGUUAAAGGCUUCAUUAACGGUAUCGACGACUUUUGUUUUCUAUCCUGCAUCUGCACCUCGCCGCCCACUGGUCCCCCUCUCGCGACAGCAACCCACCCCUCGCCGGCCGUUGUCCGCCAUGGACAGCGUCAACUUCGACAUCAACGAUGCGCUCAAGCAUUACAUGAGCGACCCUGCCGGCAUCCCGACGCCCGAGGCCGACAGCGCGCUGGUCGACUGCGAAAACGACCCCGAGGCGCUCGCCGACAACGCCCUCGUCAAUGGCGUGCUCAACCCCAUCGUCGACGCUGUGGCCGAGAACCCAGACGCAAUCACACGCAGCUCCAUCUUUGACUCGCUGCAGUUCCUUCUAAAGUACACCUCCUUCCUCUCGGCGCACGCUCUGAGCAAAAUCUUUGACCUGAUCACCUCCGGCCUGGCCGCCGAGGCCGACGUCAUCCACCAUGACCUCGAGUCCGACGAGCAGGAGCUCAUGGCCCACCACAAGCAGCUGCUCGAGAUGUACGGCUUCCUCCUGCAGUGGACCAUCGCCGCGGUCGAGACCAAGGCCGCCGAGAAGUCCUCCGCCACAGUGCCCGCGCGCGGCCGCGGCAAGCCCAAGGGCAGGAAAGACGCCGCCGGCAAGGACGCCACCUGGGACUCUUCGACCCAGCUGGAGACAGCGUUAGGCACCAUGUGCAAAGUGCUGCGCCUGAAGCUGAGCAAGAUCUUCCUCACAACAUCAGAGCGCGAUACCUUCAUAUCGCUGCUGACGCGGCCCGUCUACAUGAUCCUCGAGAGCGAGCAGCGCGUCAAGAACACCAGCAUCCGCAUGCACGCCUUCAAGGUGCUGUGCAUCGCGGUCAAGCAUCACGGCCACGGAUACGCUGCGCAAAUCUCCAUUGUGCAGAACCUCACAUACUUCGAGCACCUUUCGGAGCCGAUGGCCGAGUUCCUCCACAUCCUGGCGGAACAGUACGACUACCCGCAGCUGGCUGACGAGAUCCUGCGCGAGCUCAGCAACAAGGAGUUCAACAGCAACGACACCAAGGGGCCCAAGUCUGUUUCGACCUUCAUGAUUAGGCUGUCUGAGUUGGCUCCUAGGCUGGUCAUCAAGCAGGUUACCUUGUUGGCGAAGCAGCUCGAUAGCGAGUCAUACACCCUCCGGUGCGCGCUGAUCGAGGUCUUCGGCAACAUGCUGGCCCACCUUAGCAAAUCAGACGAGAGGGGCGAGAACCACAAGAUGCAGAUGAAUGCAUUCUUCGACGUGCUGGAAGAGCGUUUCCUCGACAUCAACCCUUACUGCCGCUGCAGGACCAUUCAAGUCUACAUCAAGCUGUGCGAACUGGACCAGAAAUUUCCGAAGCGGCGGCAAAAGGCGGCCGAGCUGGCCUGCCGCAGCCUGGAGGACAAGAGCAGCCAUGUCAGGAGGAACGCGAUCAAGCUCCUCGGGACGCUGAUCCGCACACACCCCUUCACGGCGCUCCACGGCGCGCAGCUGGCGAGGAAGGACUGGCAGGAGCGGCUGGACAAGGUCGAAGCCGAGUUGAACGCUCUCAAGCCGCCCGUCGAUGCGCCCGGCCUCGAUGGCGACAAGGGCAACACAAGUGUGGACCAGGAGUUGCUCGACGACGCCACCCAGGUCGAGUCGCCUAAGAAGCAGCCGGCCGAGAUGACCGACGAGGAGAAGGUGGCCGCCAUCCGCAAGGCCCAAGAGGAGGCCGCCACCUCCGAGGCCAUCGAGAAGCUGACGCUGACCAAGCGCUACUACACGGAAGCGCUCAAGUUCAUCGACGUGCUGCACGAAGCGACCGGAACGGUGUGCCAGCUGCUGGGAUCGCGGAACAAGAGCGAAGUCAUCGAGGCCAUGGACUACUUCGAGAUCGGCGAUGCAUACAACAUUGAGCAGAACAAGGUUGGCAUCCGCCGCAUGCUGAGACUCAUCUGGACCAAGGGCAACAGCGACGAGGGCAAGGGCGUGCAGACCCACCUGAUCGAGUGCUACAAGCGGCUCUUCUUCGAGGCGCCCGACAACUUCAGCCCCAACGACGCGGCCAACUACAUCGCCAGGAAUAUGAUCAGCCUGACAUUUGGCGCGACCCCGGCCGAGCUCACGUCCCUCGAGCAGCUGCUGAGCACCAUGAUGAAGCAAGGCAUGAUUCCCGACCUCGUCAUCGCGAAGCUGUGGCAGGUGUACGGCGUGCAAAAGCGGGAAAUCUCCAAGAAGCAGAGGAGGGGCGCCAUCAUCGUGCUCGGCAUGCUGGCCACCGCCAGCCCCGAGAUUGUCGUCGGCGAGAUGGAGACGAUGCUGCGCACCGGGCUUGGAGCCCACGGGCGCGCCGACCUGCAGCUCGCCAAGUACACCUGCGUUGCGCUCCGCCGCAUCAACCCCACCGGCCGCCAGGCCAAGGAGUCGACAGCCAAGUUCUCGAGGCUGCCGAACGACCACGCGGUGCUGGUCAGACUUGCGGCGAUCACCGAGGUGCCCACUGACAGCAAGGACUGGUACGGCGUGGCUGAACAAGCCAUUAACGCCAUCUACGCGCUUUCGAGGCACCCGGACGUCCUCUGCUCUGAGAUCAUCCGCCGCAAGACGAAGGCGGUGUUCGGCCGGUCGGGCUCGCGCGCGAGCUCACGCCCGAAUUCCCGCCCUGCUUCGCGCGACGAGACUCAACCAGCACCGAGCUCGGCGGCAGCCGCCGAAGGAGCAGACGGUGGUGAACCGCCCGUCCCGAGCUCGCAACCGCCGAGUUCGCAACCGCAGCCGGCGAGCCCGACCAAGAAACAGAGCAGGGACGACGUCACCGGUCUCUCGCAGCUGCUCUUCAUCGUCGGCCACGUUGCCAUCAAGCAGAUCGUGCACCUCGAACUCUGCGAGCAGGACUUCAAGCGCCGCAAGCAAGAAAAAGAGAAGACGGCCGGCGCCGCCAAGGAUCGCAACUCGCUCUCGGCCAGCACCUCCAGCCGCCGGUCUGUAUCGGCGUCGCACUCCAAGGACAAGUCAAAGGUCGACGAAGAAGGCGACGAGCUGGACCUGAUCGGCGGCACGACCGAGGACGACUUCACCGAAGCCAUGGCGCACAUCCGCGAGCGCGAGCUCCUCUACGGGCCCAGCUCGAUUCUGGCCCUCUUCGGCCCGCUGGCCAGCGAGAUCUGCGCCAACAACACGACGUACCGCGACCGCAACCUGCAGCAGGCCGCCACGCUCUGCCUCGCCAAGCUGAUGUGCGUCUCGUCCGAGUACUGCGAGGCCAACCUGCCGCUGCUCAUCACCAUCAUGGAGCGCUCGACCGACGCCACCGUGCGCAGCAACGCCGUCAUCGCCCUCGGCGACAUGGCCGUCUGCUUCAACCACCUGAUCGACGAGAACACCGACUUCCUGUACCGCCGCCUGGCCGACCCGGACCCGUCGGUCAAGCGGACCUGCCUCAUGACCCUCACCUUCCUCAUCCUCGCCGGCCAGGUCAAGGUCAAGGGCCAGCUCGGCGAGAUGGCCAAGUGCCUCGAGGACGAGGACAAGCGGAUCGCCGACCUGGCCCGCAUGUUCUUCACCGAGCUGAGCACCAAGGACAACGCCGUGUACAACCACUUUGUCGACAUGUUCAGCCUGCUGUCGGCCGACCGCCGCAUCGACGAGGAGAGCUUCCGCCGGAUUGUCCGGUUCUUGCUUGGCUUUGUUGAGAAGGACAAGCACGCGAAGCAGCUCGCCGAGAAGCUGGCCGCCCGCCUGGCCCGCUGCGAGACCGAGCGCCAGUGGAACGACGUCGCGUUUGCGCUCGGCCUGCUCCAGCACAAGAACGAGGACAUCUCCAAGCUUGUCGCCGAGGGGUUCAAGGUCGUGCAGGCUGCUGCUUGAGGGGUUUGUGUCUGGCUGGCUUUCGUUGGUGGUGGUGGUGGUGGCGGCUGCUGCG